AUGGCCCCAACAACUCCCAAUAUGCAAAUGGUCGAGAGCGCCAAUGACGACAGUAGUCAGGACGAUUCCUUUGCAACACAACAGCAAGGAGAAGACGCUCCCUAUUUCCAAAAUCAAGUCUUGCUGGCCAAGGGAGAUUAUUUGAUUGUUGGGAUUCGCUAUUAUCAAGGCGUUGCUCACCCUGGAGAAUAUGUAUAUCUGGUAAGAGAACCCUCUAAUCCCUAUGAUCGCAAUGCCAUUCGAGUGGACAAUGUGCACCACCAAAAAAUUGGCCAUAUCAAAGGAACCCAAUGCUGUAAAUUGGCACCCUUGAUGGACCAGUAUGGCGAAGGCCUCAAGAUUGAAGGAACCAUUCCUUGUCCGGGCACUGCCUGGAAUCUACCCGUUUCUUUAGAAUUCAAUUCGACUUUGUCAGAGCCAGCGCAAACCAUGGCGUUGGCCAAAGACUUGAAACACAAGUUGAAACACAGUUGCAGUCAGUUUCGAAUGGAACCAAACGUGGGAGGUUCGGUUGCUGCUGUUGUCACCCCUGCUACCGUAACACCAGAAGCUGUCAUUCAAACACAGGCUCUGGAUUGGAAUCAACAACAAAAGCAAUUGGAUGACAUUUUUGAAAAGCAAUUGGAGUCGCAGUUGAAAGAUCUGCCCAAUUUGGAAAUGCCUUCCGCUUUCAAGUCCAAACUGAAACUAUUUGAUUAUCAAAUACAAGGGAUUCGAUUCUUGGUGCAGAAGGAACGGAAUCCACCCCCAGCACCCUUCUUUCGCAAAGUCAAAGAGCAGGGCAAGACGAUGCACCUCUGCGAGAUUACCCAAUCGUCCCAAGCCAAUCCACCGUCUCCCAUCAAAGGUAGUCUCUUGUGCGAUGAAAUGGGUUUGGGCAAGUCGCUACAAGCCUUGGGCUUGAUCUUGCUGGAACCAAAGGCGGGAGUGAACUACAAUGCUAUCGCUAUCCAGCCACCCAGUAGUAUUGUGCCGGAGCAGCAGUCUACCGCCGAAAAUAAUAGUCACAAUCCUUCCUUGUCCAUGAUUCAAUCCACCAACAAUGUUACCUUGAAACAAAUACUCAAAGCGGCCAAGCUCAAGACUUCGGGGAACAAGAAGGCUCUUGUCGAACGUAUUGCGCAAGGUUUGACUUCCAACGCCAUUACCAGGGAACAUUUUCCCGAGUCCAUGUUCCAACAGCCACCAAAAUCAGCACCUCUUGUUCCUACACCACAAGCCAAUCAUACUAGCAAGAAUAACGGCAACACCAACAAGUGCACCUUGAUUGUUUGCCCCGUGACCGUCAUGGCCAAUUGGACCCAUCAAGUCCAAGAUCAUGUCCAAGAAGGAGUAUUGAGCCUAAAGUUGUAUCAUGGCAACAGUCGACAAAAGAUUCUAAGAAAAGUUCUGGACGACCAAGUGGACAUUUUACUAGUGUCCUAUCAUACCCUGGCGGCCGAUUAUGCCAAAGCCUUUACCAAUAGUAGUAGCAGUACUGUUACUAGUGGUAGUGCUGGAGAAGAACCAGUCCGCAAAAAGGCCAAGACCCAAUCGAUUUUUGACAUUUCCUUCCAUCGCAUCAUUUUGGACGAAGCGCAUACCAUUCGGAAUCCCAAGGCCAGACCCUUCAAGGCGGUAUCCGAAAUUCAAGCGGCCCGUCGACUCGCCAUUACUGGUACUCCCUUUGUGAAUCGGUCACAGGAUAUUUACAGUCUCUUAUCCUUCCUUCAAGUCGAACCAUUGAAUCAAAGCGAAAUCUUUCAACGGGCCAUUUCCAAACCCCUGCAAAAUGGACAGGAGAUUGGUUUGACUCGUUUGCGCACAAUCAUGGGGUUCGUCUCGCUCCGUCGCUCGAAGCAAAACAUUCCCGGCCUAACAAUGGUGGACAAAACUGUCAACUUGGCCACUGUCGAGUUUGGAAAUGAUAUACACAAGCAAGUCUACGACGCUUUGUAUGGAACCUUGAGAGUGGCCAUGACCGCAAUUCUGAAGGAUAACAACAAUGCUCUCGGCAACUAUUACAACAUUUUUGAAAAGCUACUUCGUCUGCGACAGGCCUGUUGUUCAGGACUUCUCUUGACCAAGGAACGUCGCGAAGCAGCUUUGCAAAUCUGGAAACAGGUCUCAUCCAAGUCAAGGGAACAAGAGUUGUCUCCGGAAGAGGGUUUGAAGCUACUCGAGAAACUCAAGGGUGAAUUCACCCAGGCACUGCCAGAGUGCGGCAUUUGUUUGGAAGAGUUUGAUCAAACCGAAGGAACUAUUCUCAAGGGCUGUGGUCACGUCUUUUGUAACAAUUGUAUCAAACAAGUAUUGGAACGAAGCAAUCAAAAGUGCCCCUACUGUCGACAAAAAUUCCGUUCGGAAGAUAUCGUCAGCAUGGUAACCGCGAAAGCUGCAGCAAACAAAGCAGCCGUGGAAACUUUGGAUGAAGGCGAGGAGUUUGGAACGCCACCCAAGAUUCGAGCAUUACUUCAAACUAUUGGAUCCACCGUUAAGCCAGACGAAAAGGCUGUGAUCUUCUCGCAAUUCACAUCCUACCUCGAUAUCAUUGGAUCCGCCAUGAAAGACGCAGGACAUGAAUUUGUUCGAAUCGAUGGUUCGGUUCCUUCCUCAAAGCGGAUUGAGCGCAUUUCUCAAUUCACUCAGGAUGGCGGGCCUCGGUUCAUCCUGUGCUCGCUUUUGGCCAGUGGAGUUGGUAUCAAUCUUAGUCGCGGAAAUCAUGCGUUCUUGAUGGAUUGCUGGUGGAACGAGGCGAUCGAGUCCCAAGCAAUGGAUCGCAUUCAUCGCAUUGAUCAAACUCGCCCAGUGCAAGUCACCAAGUUCAUCAUGAAGGAGAGUAUUGAGGAGCGCAUUGUGUCUUUGCAGCAAACUAAAAGCCUUCGAGCAAAGGGUGCUAUGCAAAAGCUCACCGGAAACGAGAAACGCCAGGCCUUGCUUGGAGAUUUGAAGGGACUUUUAGAGAUUGGCAACUGA